GUGUUUGGCUCAGAGCACCAUGAACGCGAAUUUCACCACCAACUUAUUCGGAGGUUACUUGCGCGUUGAUGUCGGACCCAAUCGCAAUCAGAUCCGCGUGCAGGCGAACCUACCGGACUGGAUUAAGUCGGUUACACCCAAGCAGGAGUACAUUGUUGAGAAAUACACUCUGCCGUCCAGCUUCUCAUCUCUCACGGACGUCAAGCACAUCAUCAUGUCCUUCAGCCCUUCCUCCUGCUACCCCAUAUACAACACCACCAAAGUAACCGCUGAUCAGGCCGUUCCCGCAUAUCUCAUGUCAGGCUCAGACAUCUGCCUCUCCUGCUACGUCUACCUCACCUUCUCCUUCCUGGACGAGGCCACGGCCAGCCAAAUCGGCAGCAUAUGCACGGAAACAGACAAUGGGAAGCUGCGCGGGUACGUCUGCUCCACGGACGAGGGCGCUGAGGUCACGGUGGCGCAGGCGUUUGGGAGUCCGCCAGUGGUGAAUGGCGGCGGGACGUCGGUGGGGUUUCUCUUCACGGAGAUGUUUGUGCGCCAGCCCGCUGGCUCCACCAUGCGCGUCCCCUCCAUCCGCGUGGACCCCCUGGCCAUGAAGGGAAUCGGGUACAUCAUGGUGCCAUCCAAGGGACCCACUCCUCUCCCUGGGGCCUUUGACGCCAUGCCCUUCAUUGCAGGCAACAACAGCAAGGCUGUGGGUGUGGGGCUAGUCUUCCCAAUUACCCUGGUCAGUCAGGCGUCGCUCGCAACUACCCCGUUCAGCAGCAACACAGUGCUGACAGUCACACCCACCGCCUUCCCUGCCCUCUCCAUGAGUGCUCCUGCCAAGGAGUCGUUGACUCUCAGUGCCAGCAUAAUCCCCCCUGCUGCCCCUGGUGCCGCUGCCGCCUCAUACAACCUCUCCUUGUACAUUGGCAAGGACGUGCGCAGCUGUCCGCUGCUCCCCCUGGAUAAAGGCGCGUCGUUCGUGGACCACGACACGCACGAGCUGGGCACCACAUCGCUCUUCGUGCACGACAACGACAAAGUGCUGCUCAAGACCGUGAAGUACUCACACCCCAUGACGGCCGAUGCCUCGUCGGAGGAGGAUUGCCAGUUCGUGCAGCACUGGCUGGUGCGAGCGGGGGCGAGGCCGCGCAUCUACUUCAAGCCACAGGACGUGCGCGCUGCUGUCGUGACGUGCGGAGGGCUCUGCCCUGGGCUCAAUGACGUCAUCCGCCAGGUGGUGAUGACACUUAACACGUAUGGAGUGAGUGACAUUCGGGGUAUCAAGUAUGGCUUUCGGGGCUUCUUCGAUUCCUCCCUGCACAUUCCGGUCAGUGCCUCGCACAUUCCGGUCAGUGCCUCGCACAUUCCGGUCAGUGCCUCGCACGUUCCGUGCCUCGCACAUUCCGGUCAGUGCCUCGCCAUUCCGGUCAGUGCCUUCGCACAUUCCGUGCCAUCGCACUUCCGGUCAGUGCCUCGCACAUUCCGGUCAGUGCCUCCCACCUUCCUGACUGAGCCGCGCACAUUCCGUGCCUCGCACAUUCCGGUCAGUGCCUCGCACAUUCCGGUCAGUGCCUCGCACAUUCCGGUCAGUGCCUCGCACAUUCCGGUCAGUGCCUCGCACAUUCCGGUCAGUGCCUCGCACAUUCCGGUCAGUGCCUCGCACAUUCCGGUCAGUGCCUCGCACAUUCCGGUCAGUGCCUCGCACAUUCCGGUCAGUGCCUCGCACAUUCCGGUCAGUGCCUCGCACAUUCCGGUCAGUGCCUCGCACAUUCCGGUCAGUGCCUCGCACAUUCCGGUCAGUGCCUCGCACAUUCCGGUCAGUGCCUCGCACAUUCCGGUCAGUGCCUCGCACAUUCCGGUCAGUGCCUCGCACAUUCCGGUCAGUGCCUCGCACAUUCCGGUCAGUGCCUCGCACAUUCCGGUCAGUGCCUCGCACAUUCCGGUCAGUGCCUCGCACAUUCCGGUCAGUGCCUCGCACAUUCCGGUCAGUGCCUCGCACAUUCCGGUCAGUGCCUCGCACAUUCCGGUCAGUGCCUCGCACAUUCCGGUCAGUGCCUCGCACAUUCCGGUCAGUGCCUCGCACAUUCCGGUCAGUGCCUCGCACAUUCCGGUCAGUGCCUCGCACAUUCCGGUCAGUGCCUCGCACAUUCCGGUCAGUGCCUCGCACAUUCCGGUCAGUGCCUCGCACAUUCCGGUCAGUGCCUCGCACAUUCCGGUCAGUGCCUCGCACAUUCCGGUCAGUGCCUCGCACAUUCCGGUCAGUGCCUCGCACAUUCCGGUCAGUGCCUCGCACAUUCCGGUCAGUGCCUCGCACAUUCCGGUCAGUGCCUCGCACAUUCCGGUCAGUGCCUCGCACAUUCCGGUCAGUGCCUCGCACAUUCCGGUCAGUGCCUCGCACAUUCCGGUCAGUGCCUCGCACAUUCCGGUCAGUGCCUCGCACAUUCCGGUCAGUGCCUCGCACAUUCCGGUCAGUGCCUCGCACAUUCCGGUCAGUGCCUCGCACAUUCCGGUCAGUGCCUCGCACAUUCCGGUCAGUGCCUCGCACAUUCCGGUCAGUGCCUCGCACAUUCCGGUCAGUGCCUCGCACAUUCCGGUCAGUGCCUCGCACAUUCCGGUCAGUGCCUCGCACAUUCCGGUCAGUGCCUCGCACAUUCCGGUCAGUGCCUCGCACAUUCCGGUCAGUGCCUCGCACAUUCCGGUCAGUGCCUCGCACAUUCCGGUCAGUGCCUCGCACAUUCCGGUCAGUGCCUCGCACAUUCCGGUCAGUGCCUCGCACAUUCCGGUCAGUGCCUCGCACAUUCCGGUCAGUGCCUCGCACAUUCCGGUCAGUGCCUCGCACAUUCCGGUCAGUGCCUCGCACAUUCCGGUCAGUGCCUCGCACAUUCCGGUCAGUGCCUCGCACAUUCCGGUCAGUGCCUCGCACAUUCCGGUCAGUGCCUCGCACAUUCCGGUCAGUGCCUCGCACAUUCCGGUCAGUGCCUCGCACAUUCCGGUCAGUGCCUCGCACAUUCCGGUCAGUGCCUCGCACAUUCCGGUCAGUGCCUCGCACAUUCCGGUCAGUGCCUCGCACAUUCCGGUCAGUGCCUCGCACAUUCCGGUCAGUGCCUCGCACAUUCCGGUCAGUGCCUCGCACAUUCCGGUCAGUGCCUCGCACAUUCCGGUCAGUGCCUCGCACAUUCCGGUCAGUGCCUCGCACAUUCCGGUCAGUGCCUCGCACAUUCCGGUCAGUGCCUCGCACAUUCCGGUCAGUGCCUCGCACAUUCCGGUCAGUGCCUCGCACAUUCCGGUCAGUGCCUCGCACAUUCCGGUCAGUGCCUCGCACAUUCCGGUCAGUGCCUCGCACAUUCCGGUCAGUGCCUCGCACAUUCCGGUCAGUGCCUCGCACAUUCCGGUCAGUGCCUCGCACAUUCCGGUCAGUGCCUCGCACAUUCCGGUCAGUGCCUCGCACAUUCCGGUCAGUGCCUCGCACAUUCCGGUCAGUGCCUCGCACAUUCCGGUCAGUGCCUCGCACAUUCCGGUCAGUGCCUCGCACAUUCCGGUCAGUGCCUCGCACAUUCCGGUCAGUGCCUCGCACAUUCCGGUCAGUGCCUCGCACAUUCCGGUCAGUGCCUCGCACAUUCCGGUCAGUGCCUCGCACAUUCCGGUCAGUGCCUCGCACAUUCCGGUCAGUGCCUCGCACAUUCCGGUCAGUGCCUCGCACAUUCCGGUCAGUGCCUCGCACAUUCCGGUCAGUGCCUCGCACAUUCCGGUCAGUGCCUCGCACAUUCCGGUCAGUGCCUCGCACAUUCCGGUCAGUGCCUCGCACAUUCCGGUCAGUGCCUCGCACAUUCCGGUCAGUGCCUCGCACAUUCCGGUCAGUGCCUCGCACAUUCCGGUCAGUGCCUCGCACAUUCCGGUCAGUGCCUCGCACAUUCCGGUCAGUGCCUCGCACAUUCCGGUCAGUGCCUCGCACAUUCCGGUCAGUGCCUCGCACAUUCCGGUCAGUGCCUCGCACAUUCCGGUCAGUGCCUCGCACAUUCCGGUCAGUGCCUCGCACAUUCCGGUCAGUGCCUCGCACAUUCCGGUCAGUGCCUCGCACAUUCCGGUCAGUGCCUCGCACAUUCCGGUCAGUGCCUCGCACAUUCCGGUCAGUGCCUCGCACAUUCCGGUCAGUGCCUCGCACAUUCCGGUCAGUGCCUCGCACAUUCCGGUCAGUGCCUCGCACAUUCCGGUCAGUGCCUCGCACAUUCCGGUCAGUGCCUCGCACAUUCCGGUCAGUGCCUCGCACAUUCCGGUCAGUGCCUCGCACAUUCCGGUCAGUGCCUCGCACAUUCCGGUCAGUGCCUCGCACAUUCCGGUCAGUGCCUCGCACAUUCCGGUCAGUGCCUCGCACAUUCCGGUCAGUGCCUCGCACAUUCCGGUCAGUGCCUCGCACAUUCCGGUCAGUGCCUCGCACAUUCCGGUCAGUGCCUCGCACAUUCCGGUCAGUGCCUCGCACAUUCCGGUCAGUGCCUCGCACAUUCCGGUCAGUGCCUCGCACAUUCCGGUCAGUGCCUCGCACAUUCCGGUCAGUGCCUCGCACAUUCCGGUCAGUGCCUCGCACAUUCCGGUCAGUGCCUCGCACAUUCCGGUCAGUGCCUCGCACAUUCCGGUCAGUGCCUCGCACAUUCCGGUCAGUGCCUCGCACAUUCCGGUCAGUGCCUCGCACAUUCCGGUCAGUGCCUCGCACAUUCCGGUCAGUGCCUCGCACAUUCCGGUCAGUGCCUCGCACAUUCCGGUCAGUGCCUCGCACAUUCCGGUCAGUGCCUCGCACAUUCCGGUCAGUGCCUCGCACAUUCCGGUCAGUGCCUCGCACAUUCCGGUCAGUGCCUCGCACAUUCCGGUCAGUGCCUCGCACAUUCCGGUCAGUGCCUCGCACAUUCCGGUCAGUGCCUCGCACAUUCCGGUCAGUGCCUCGCACAUUCCGGUCAGUGCCUCGCACAUUCCGGUCAGUGCCUCGCACAUUCCGGUCAGUGCCUCGCACAUUCCGGUCAGUGCCUCGCACAUUCCGGUCAGUGCCUCGCACAUUCCGGUCAGUGCCUCGCACAUUCCGGUCAGUGCCUCGCACAUUCCGGUCAGUGCCUCGCACAUUCCGGUCAGUGCCUCGCACAUUCCGGUCAGUGCCUCGCACAUUCCGCUGAACCGGGCCGUGGUGGACAACAUUCACCUCAUGGGCGGGUCGUUCCUGGGGGAGGCAAGGGAUAGCAACCGCCUACCCUUCAACGCAUGCCUUUCCUUCCCCUCUUUUAACUCCCCUCCCAUUGCCCACCAGCUGAACCGAGCGGUGGUGGACAAUAUUCACCUCAUGGGCGGGUCGUUCCUGGGAGUGUCGCGAGGGGGCUCCAACAGCCUUGAUAUCGUUGACUCCAUUCAGGUGGGGGCGAUGGGGGGAGAUGACGGGAGAUAUGGUGGAGAGUUUGGGGAGGGAUGGGGGAGGUAUGGGGGAGGGAUGGGGGAGGGAUGGGGGAGGGAUGGGGGAGGGAUGGGGGAGGGAUGGGGGAGGGAUGGGGGAGGGAUGGGGGAGAGAUGGAACAACAGUGCUCGUCCUUUCCCUCACGCCCCCAACCCCCCUUUUUUACUGCAGAAGGAGGGGAUCAACAUGCUGUUUGUGAUUGGUGGAAACGGCACCCAUGCCGGAGCUCUGGCCAUUCACAAGGAGUGUUAUAAGCGGGGCUUGAAGGUGGCGGUGGUGGGGGUGCCCAAGACCAUCGACAAGGACAUACUGCUGCUGGACCACUCUGGUGGCCAACUGACUUACCACUCGACUCACUCUGGUGGCCAACUGACUUACCACUCGACUCACAACACAACUGCUACCCCCCACAAUCUCCCACUCCACCCUGCACAGUGCUACAAGCGCGGGAUGAAGGUGGCGGUGGUGGGGGUGCCCAAGACCAUUGACAACGACAUUCUGCUGCUGGACCAGACGUUUGGCUUCGACACGGCUGUGGAGGAGGCUCAGAGGGCGCUGCACGCCGCGUAUGUGGAGGCGUCCAGCGCGUACAGGGGCAUCGGCAUUGUGAAGCUGAUGGGGCGGCAGAGUGGCUUCAUUGCCAUGCACUCGUCGCUCGCCAGUGGGCAGGUCGACAUGGCGCUUAUCCCCGAGGUGCCGUUCUGUCUGGAGGGCCCCAACGGGGUGCUGCAGCAUUUGGAGUAUCUCCUGGGCCGCCAGGGCCACGCCAUCAUCUGCGUCGCCGAGGGCGCAGGCCAGGACCUGGUGCAAGGGGAGGGCGGCACGGAUGCGUCAGGAAAUCCAAUCCUGUCGGACAUUGGGGUCUUUCUCUUGAAGCAGGUGCGGCGUCAUUUCAAGUCCAUCGGACGGCCAGCAGACGUGAAGUACAUCGAUCCGACGUACAUGAUCCGUGCGUGCCGCGCGAACGCGUCGGACAGCGUCAUGUGCGCAGUGCUGGGGCAGAACGCCGUUCACGGCGCGUUCGCCGGCUACAGCGGCAUCACCGUGGGGUUGGUCAACUCGCACUACGCGUAUAUCCCGAUCCCCGAAGUUAUCAGGCACGCGCGGCCCGUGGAUCCUAACGGUCGCAUGUGGCACCGGUGUCUCACGGCCACAGCGCAGAUACUCUCUACUUCCAUCUUCUGGCACACAACGAGUAAGAUGCUCUCGUUAGCCGACAUUAUGAUGGUCGUUCCUCCUUCUCCAACCCCAGCCAAAAUCCCUCGACGGAGUUCCUACUUCUGGAAAGUCAGCACAGUGGUUCUGCUGGCCAUAUGUGGCCUAUCGCUGUGCAUUAAAUCCAUAUCACACACCGCAUCCUCGUUCGACCUAUUCGCGUCGCUAUCCAUAGAAGCUGUUCCCAUCGAUUCCCCAUACACUCCCUCGUCUUCUCCCCACUCCUCCUCGUCCUCCUCCUCGUCCUCCUCGCCGUCGUCCUCCUCCUCGACUUCUUCGCCGCCCCGCUCACUCGCUUCCGAGGAAAGCGAGGAGGAGAAGGCAGCUGUGCGGAAGGCGCAAAGGGAAGCAGAUUCGAGGGAGUUAGAAAAAUGUCCCGCGAUCCCGGACGUAGAAUAUGGCGACUUGGAGCGGUUCGGUCAACAUUAUCCCAACCCUCUUAAUUACAGCCGAGGAGAAUGCCUGUGCAAACCCGUGCACAAUUUCGUCGUCCUUUCCAUGCAGCGGUCCGGCAGCGGGUGGUUCGAAACGUUCUUAAACUCCCACCCAAACAUUAGUAGCCACGGCGAGAUAUUCAUAGUCAGGCCACGGCGCGAAAACGCGUCGGCAGUCGCGGAGACGCUUGACCGCGUGUACAACCUGGAUUGGUCGAACAGCGCCGCGAAGAACUCGUGCACGAGCGCCGUCGGAUUCAAAUGGAUGCUCAACCAGGGCGCGAUGGAGUUCAGUAGUGACGUGGCAGAGUACUUCAAGAAGCACCACGUGUCAGUCAUCCUGCUUAUCAGGAAGAACGUGCUGCGGCGGCUGAUUUCCAUCCUGGCGAACGCGUACGAUCGCAAGACGCAGCUAGUGGGAGUGCACAAGUCGCACACGCAUAGCAAAGAAGAGGCGGAGAAGCUGGCGACGUUUCGGCCGAACGUGAACGCGAAGCACCUGGAGGGCAACCUGCAGCGCGUGCAGGAGAUGGUGGACGACGCGCUGAGAGCGUUCAAUGGCACCAGACGGAUGCUCGUGUACUACGAGGACGUUGUCAAGAACAAAACGAUCCUAGAGAAUGUGCAGCGCUUCUUAGGAGUGCCAGCACAGGAGCUGACGAGCAAGCAGGUGAAGAUCCACACGCGGCCACUGAGGGAGUCCAUUGAGAACUACGACGCCGUGGCUGCGAAGCUCAAAGGCACCGAGUUUGAGAAAUUCCUCGAGGAUGAGAGCUAUGGUUGA